AUGCUGCUCGCUUCUCGUUUUCUCUCAAUCCUCCUGCUUCUUCACUGCACAGCAAGCCUGCCUUUAGAUCCUCGGAAGCAUCCAGCAGAGUGUGGACGAUCGAGCCCCUCAUGGGUCUGCGACCCCGACGAGGUUCUAGGAGAGCAAGCUGCGGACCGAAUCGACAUGGUCGCUCGGUCGAUCAAUGCUGGAGGCACCAAGAUCGCCGUCUCUGUGAUGAAGAAGCUGAAAGAAGACUACGGAAAAGACAACAAGAGCGACGACAAGAAAGUUUGGUCCUGCUCGUCAGCAGGGAGCCGAGCCGCCAAAGCCAUCAUAACGCUGUGGAGCGCCGAUGCUCUUGUCCUCUUGUCUCAAGACGACAAGAACUUCUGUGUGGUCACAAGGGGCACCAGGAUACCUCUCAGUCAAGAUGACACAGACAGUAUCCUGAUGGAUGUGCAAGACCCUCUCAUCAAUGGAAUCCCCGAAUACGCUGUCAUGUUCGCGAUCCUCAGAAUGAAGCUCUUUGCGUCAGGAAUGAUUCCAUUCAUUGGCUUCGGGAUGACAGACAACGGGCUCAUGAUCAUCUGCGGUGAAAUCAUCGAGGAGUUCCUUGGGAAGAGGCUGGGCCUCAGUGCCAUGGGCGCUGCGGCAUGGGGAAAUCUCCUUUCGGACAUGGCAGGAGUAUUCUUGGGAGGAACUGUGAAUCAGAUCGCCCAAAGAAUUGGAGCAACAGAGCCGGUCUUAACUCAUGCACAGAAAUCACUGCCUAUUGCGGUUCAAAGCAAACUUCUUGGGGAAGCACUCGGUGUCGGCUUCGGUUGUUGGUUGGGGAUGGCUCCUUUGAUGUUUUCCAAGUCUGAGGAGGGAGAGACUUCGAACAGGGAAUGUGGAAUACGCAGGGAGCUUAGUGAAACUGGAUUCAGUGCUUAA